UCUGCGAAUUCGUCCAAAAUGAAUAUUUAUUUGGCUUGGUUCCUGAUCUUCAACAUUAUAGUGUUCCUUGCGCUGUCUGUAUCUCUGCCAGUAUUGAGCAGCAGCUCGGGGUGUAGUACUAUUACAAAUUGUGAUCCGUUUCUGCCUGUCUGCGCAUCGUCGACAAAUGAGCACCAAUUCUUCUACAGCAUUUGUGAAAUGCAUCGGGAUGCCUGCCUUACGGGAAAGGAUUGGAAACCGGAUUACUUCAAUCACUGCAACGUCAGUAGACUUUAGUCAUUUGUAUAAUUUCAACUCUUAAUUCAAAC